AAGGCCAUUAUUUUUUUUUUGAGUCAUACGCCUCUUGACUCAAUUCAUGCUUUGAAAGUAAAAUGUAAUUAUAUUUUUAGUUAAAAUUACAUACUUUUUUAUUUUUUUUACUGGUUUAGCAUAACGCUGUCAGGCUUUUGCGGCAGAACGAAGUUGUAAGCAUAAAUAAUGCAAGACAGCUGAGGUUAUUUUUUGUCUAAUGACUGCAGCCAUCGCAAAAAGAAGCGAUAAGUACUACUAAAUAGAGUAAUACGAAAAUAAAUUAUUUGAUUUUUAAUGAACUAUUUUCAAAUAAACAACUUCCGUUAUAAAUGUAAAUUAUACCUCUAAUACAUCCGAUGCUGUUCAGUUUUCAAAUGAGUAACACCUGUUAUUGAAGUUAUGGCGUUUGAUUGAUUUAUCAGUUGCCGUGACAGUUGAUGAGAGGUUGACUGGUUGGUACCUCCCACUUGCUCCCAUUUUUAUAUAAAAUGGUAUCGAACAGAGAUUAUGUUGUAAUUUGCAAUUUAGUAAAUCGAGCAGUAAGAUGCUCCGUAACAGCAUCGCCGUUUUUAUUUUCAUUUUAAGUGUAACUAUUUGUUUGACUACAAAUCCGUGUUCGGAAGGACCACAAGUGGAAAAGAACCCAUUAGAAUGUUGUGCUUUGCCAGAUCUGGUAGAACCCUCCAUAAUGAUGAACUGCUUCAGUAAAUGGGGAGAGCAAACGAAACGGCAAUCCAAAAUGGACGGAAUUCCACGUGGAUGUUGUGUUGCCGAAUGUGCUACAAACGCAACAAAACUCGUUAAAAAUGGGAAAAUCAAUCGCAAGGAAACCCAAAAAUUUUUUUUGGCCUCAUCAAAGAACAAUCCCCAAUGGCAGCCGAUAGUGAAGGACACGCUGGACGAAUGUUUUGCAGAAGCUGAUGCCAAUAAGGAAGAAAUUGAGGCAGGUGCCAAGCUGAAACCUAGCUACAAGGGCGAAAAGAUUUGCCACCCAAUCUCGGGUCACAUUAUUCGGUGCAUGAGGAUGAAAAUGUUCAACAAGUGCCCGGAAAAUGUUUUUCAAGAGAAUAACCAAGAUUGCAUAAAGUUGAGGCAGUACCACGCCAAGUGUCCACUGAAUUGAUUUUGCAUAAAGCUGUCACUAUUGUAUACAACAAAUCAGUACACCAAUUCACGAUCACAUCAGAGUUAGUAGUGUAAUAAGCCAACAUACACAAGCGGCUUGUCACGCAAAGAUAAUUGUUUGUGCGUGACAGUCAGCAAUCACAGUAUAAUUCGAUAAAAUAAAAGUAUCACUUUUACAUUGCAUUGAAAAUCUUUGAAAACAUCUACCAAAUGCUGGUCAUUUUUUUUUAAUUCACACUAAGACCCAAAGUGUGUAUUCAAAUGCUAACGCUAACGUAUAAUUUAAAAAAAUAGCAUCAUGAUUAUGAUUGUCAUCUGAUAUCAUCUUUAAACAAUGAAAGAGUUGGAGGUACCUCGAUAACCCUGAUCAUGACUUGGUCACCAUGAUAAGGGAAAUUCAGUCUCGUUACGUUUCCAACUAACGAUGUCAAAUAUAGCAAAUGAUGACAAAUAUGCUUACUCACCUCUGGGAUGAACUCGUUGACAACUUGGAGUUUAUGUAAAUUGUAAUAAGGUAUAUAUCGCAAUUUUUAAUUAAACGAUCAAUAUUUGGCAAAGUUUUCAGAGUUCACUCAUCAUCUAAUAUAUAGAAGGAAAAAAAUCUUUAGCCAUUUGCACUAAACUAUAAUCACGAGUUUGAGAUUAGAAAUUUACACAUGCGACUUAAAAGAAAAAACCGUCACAUUCACCAUUUCAAUCAAAAUUUUACAUUUUCAAAUUCGUAUUCAAAUGUAUGAGCACUUCCCCUUGCAUCAUCAACGACCGAAGAUGGGUGCAAUUUCCACCGGUUUUCAUUGAAUAAAUGCAUCUGUGGUAUUUGUUCUCGCAAACAAGUGAUUAUCCCAAACCAUACGAAUAUAAACUCUCCCGUUGGAGGCAGAAAGAAUCAGUUUCGAUUUUUUAUUCGCGGAAGUAGCACAUUUUUUAAUCUGAUAGAAAAAUAUCACAACGCAAUCGGGAAUCAUGAAGCUAGUGCUCACAGUGUCUGUAGCUGCAGCUGCAUUGCUCCUGUAUGUUACAAUUUCAAGAGCCGAGAACCCCUGUGCCAAUGGA